AUGAGGGUCAGUCCUCUCCUUUCUCUCCCCAUUACCAUCCUUCUGGCGGUCCAGACCCUCGCCCAGGGCCGUACAGCCAAGGAGGCCGCUGCGGACGGCAACAGGCUGCUUGCCGAGGGCGCGUACUCGGACGCCGCGCGCGCUUAUGGCGAGGCGAUUGACGCCGACCCAACUUCUUAUAUCAACCACUACAAGCGCGCCACGGCGUACCUCUCGCUUGGUCGCCAUGCGGCUGCUCUCGAAGACUUUGACGCCAUCCUGAAGUUGAACCCAGGCUUUGUGCAGGCCCAUUUCCAGAAGGCGAAGGUUCUCGCCAAGGAGGGCGAGUUCUCCGAGGCAUCGGACGAGCUGGCCGCCUUCGCGAAGACCAAAACGGACUCCGAGGCAGACGAGCUUGCUCGUCUGGUCAUCUCGGCGGACGUCGCAAAGACGGCCGCGCGUGAUGCCGCCAAGGAUGGCAAGUGGGGCGAGUGCGUCGCGCACGCUACCAAGGCCAUUGAGGUUGGGCCCAACUCGGGCGAACUGCGCGAACUGCGCGCGACUUGCAACACGGAGCUGGGCGAGGCCGAGUCAGCAUACGCCGACCUCAGUCGUCUGGCGAUGCUGCGUCCCUCGUCGGAAGACCUCCGCCUCCGCCUUGCCAACCUAGGCUAUUACCUCUUGGACACCACCAUCGCGCUCAACGAGAUCAAGAAGUGCCUCCACUACGACCCCGAAUCCAAGGCGUGCAAGAAGAUGCACAAGCUCCUUCGUUCCCUCGACCGCGACACUGUCAAGGCCCGCAACUUUAUCGACGGCGGCAACCCUCGCAAGGGCCUGACCAUCCUGCGCGGCGAGGGCGGCGUGCUCGAGCGCUUUGACGCGGCCAUGACCGACGCCGAGGCCGCCGGACAGCUGCCACCUCAGUUCUCCGCGUCCACCAAGAGCAAGACCCGCCUGGACCUGUACACGCUCGCGUGCCGCGCCGCUGUUGACUGCAACGACUUUGGACCCAAGUCGGCUGCCUUGUGCGACGCCGUCCUCGCCCUGGACCCCGACAACGAGCACGCCCUCGUGUUCCGCGGCGAACGCCUCCUGAAGGCCGAAAAGUGGGAGGAGGCCGUCAACGUCCUCCAAAAGGCGUUUGAGCAAUCCGGCCGCUCUUCACAAGACAUUGCCAACCGCAUGCAAAAGGCCCAACGUCUCCUCAAGGUAUCGAAGCAAAAGGACUACUACAAGGUCCUCGGUGUCUCCCGUGACGCCGACGAGCGCACCAUUAAAAAGGCCUUCCGUAAAGCCGCCAAGACGAACCACCCUGACGUGGGCGGCAGCGAGGAGAAAAUGGCACAGCUGAACGAAGCGUAUGAGGUGCUGUCCGACUCGGAGCUGCGUGCGCGCUUCGACAACGGCGAGGACCCGAACGACCCGCAGGGCGGCGGACAGGGUGGCAACCCGUUCGCGCACCAUGGCGGCAUGCCCCACUUUUUCCAGCAAGGUGGAUUCCCCGGUGGCUUCCCUGGCGGAGGCCAGAAGUUCCAGUUCCAUCACGGAUAG